AUGGGUUGCACUACUACGGCUACGAAGGAUGGGUUCGUCGUCCUCGAGAUCGGCCCACAGAAACAGCGCUACCACUUGCACAAAGCCCUCCUCACACACCAUUCGGAAUACUUCAACAAUGCCCUAAACGGCCCAUGGAAGGAGGCCGAGGACAAAGUCGUCACUUUGGAAGAUGUCUAUAUUAUUGCUGUAGACAUAUUUGUCCACUGGCUGUAUACACAACAGAUUCCAGACAACGACGCCACACUGAAAAUGUCAGAGAGUUCCCCAGACCCCAACGAUGACGACGAUCCGAUGACCGCUUAUACGAAGGCACUAGUGUUCGGUGACAGAUUUCUAGUGCCUGUCUUUCGCAAAGCUAUUCACAAUUGCAUAGUGGAAACAUUGCUUUAUGACGAAGACGGUGGCCCUCGCGAGCCGACUUGUUUCACCGCAACGAAAUACGCUUACGAGAACUUACCAUCGGAUCAUAGCAUACUGAAACUAUUCUUGGAUUUCCACUGUCGACACUGGGAUGUGACAGGAAAUGGCGCAGAUGAUGUGGAGGCUGCAAUAACUGAAUUGAUCGGAAGGGACCUGCCACCUACUCUACUGAUUCGCAUGAUCGCGCGAUAUUCUUCAAGGGCCGCGGAAGCAACCGAGAUUGGGUGGGAUGCGGAUUUGAAGGGCUGCGAUUAUCACGAGCAUUCCGAUGAUCAAGAGCGUAAGAUUUGCAAAAGGAGGUUACAAAGGGCUGGUCAGGCUACGUGA